AUUUGAUAUAAUUUCAUUAAUAUAAAAAAAAAAAAAAAUUUAAGAUGUCAAGUGCUCAAUUCAAUGCUGGUGAAUCCCAUGCCCAAGCUGAGGCCAACACUGAGCAAUGGGUAGAUUCAGCCAAAAAUGUGGCUAAUUCUGCAGUUAACAAGGCUGAAAAUGCUACCCAAAGAGCAAGUGAGUCAGCUCAACAAAAUAAUGACAAAAAUGCUGGAUUUCUUCAGCAGAAAGGAGAGCAAAUGAUACAUAUGGCUCAAGGUGCAAUUGAUGGUGUGAAGAAUACUCUUGGAAUGGGAUCAGAGAAGAAAUAAAUUAUAAAAAGGAAUUAAACACAAGUUUUAAUUGCCUUUUAAUAUACAGAUUCAUAAUAUUAUAAAAGUUUCCUGUGCCUAUAUUAGACACAAGUGAUAAUAAUAAUAAAUUAAUAAUAGUAGCUUUAGAUCUAA